CGGUGCGGGAGGGCCGGCAUGGCGUUCCGGCAGGCCUUGCAGCUGGCAGCCUGCGGCCUGGCUGGGGGCUCGGCCGCCGUGCUCUUCUCGGCCGUGGCGGUGGGCAAGCCCCGCGCGGGCGGGGACGCGGAGCCGCGCGUGGUCGAGCCUCCGGCGUGGGCCGGGCCUGCGCGCCCGAGGCCCGGUGUCUGGGACCCCAACUGGGACAGGCGAGAACCACUGUCCCUGGUCAACCUGCGGAAGAGGAACCUGGAAUCUGGAGAAGAGGAACUGGCAUCCAGGCUGGACCACUACAAAGCCAAGGCCACGCGGCACAUCUUCCUCAUCAGGCACUCCCAGUACCAUGUGGAUGCCUCCCUGGAAAAGGACCGCACUCUGACGCCCCUGGGUCGUGAACAGGCUGAACUAACUGGUCUCCGACUUGCAAGCUUGGGGUUGAAGUUUAAUAAAAUUGUCCAUUCCUCCAUGACCCGCGCAGUGGAAACCACUGACAUCAUCAGCAAACACCUGCCAGGCGUCUGCAAGGUCAGCACAGACCUGCUCAGGGAAGGUGCCCCCAUCGAGCCCGACCCGCCCGUGUCUCACUGGAAGCCAGAGGCUGUGCAGUAUUACGAAGAUGGAGCCCGGAUUGAGGCCGCCUUCCGGAACUACAUCCACCGGGCAGACGCCAAGCAGCAGGAGGACAGUUACGAGAUCUUCAUCUGCCACGCCAAUGUCAUCCGCUACAUCGUAUGCAGGGCGCUGCAGUUCCCUCCAGAAGGCUGGCUCCGCCUUUCCCUCAACAACGGCAGCAUUACUCACCUGGUGGUCCGGCCUGAUGGCCGAGUGGCACUCAGGACCCUCGGGGACACGGGGUUCAUGCCUCCUGAUAAGAUCUCCCGCUCCUGAGGGCUGCCUUGAGGCUCCGCUUUCCUCCUCAGCCCCCUGCCCGGCUCCAGUGUGGGUGCCGCCAAGAACACGGGCUCCUUCCCUCUGUCUUCCCUCCACAGGCUACUUUUCAUUUCUCCAGGACGAGGUGGCAGAAAAGUAGAAAUAUGUAAAAUGCAGCAUUUUAGCACUCCUGGCCCAGCAUGGACAAGGGAACGUUCAGAUCGGCCUGAUUUCUUGCACAGGGUUUUCUGCCUUUCUCUCAUCUACCAGGACGAGCCUGUGCAGUUUAAGGAGGCCUGUUUCAGGGACUGGACAAGGCCUCACAGAUGCCAUCACUGCGGGCACCGCAGCAGAUCCACACCAAGGGGUCUCUGGUCGUGACCACAGCUUGCCAGGUGACCCCCCCUCGACACUCCAUCAGCAAAGCCCAACAGGCACGAGGGACUCGGAGCAGGUGCCAGCGCUUCUCUUUCGCUUCAUGCAUUCUCUUCACUUCUUAAAACCCUUUUGUCAAAUAUUUAUCAAAGAUUUUCCUCAUCUGGGUUCUUGCUUUGAAAACCAAUCUCUCCCUCUAACGCCACACACCUGACACUGCUGGACGUGAGCUCCCUGUGCCUUAGGCUUUUCAGGCACGCAGAAGCACCUUGGCAGGUGACGGAGGUGACAUGCCGGCUGGCCUCAUGGGACAGAGGCUGGGUGGUGAUGGCCCAGGAGAGGGUCCUGUUUCCAUAAAAGAUCCGACCAUUCAAUCUUUGUUUUCCUCUGGCUGUUAAUCUUUUAUGCUUAUGGAUCAAACUGUUUAGACAUAAUAUGUAAAUCUCAAAUGUUCUGUUAAUUUAGGAAAAACUACAAUUUCUAUAAAGUGGUUAUGAGCAUUUUCUGUAAUCACUGCAACUAAUUGGGAUAUUUGAUCCAUUUCUGUGUCAACUUUGGAAAUAAAUAAAAAAUAAAUUUUAUUUUACUGUU